UUCCGGGAACAGUCGCCCUCGCGCACAUAGCAGCAGCAGCAGCCUCCAUACGGUGCAGGUGUGAGAGCUACCUUAAAAACUGCACCCUCCGUCAUCAUUUGCCUUUGUGAAACAAUGCGUUUUGCCGCUCUGGUAUGAGUUGACUAUCUGGACUAUCACAAAUCACAGUUUCCACCUAUUUGUUCUCUGGUUUCUCGCAGAUAAGGGAAACUAGAACAACAGUGGUGCUGUUUAGUCGUGAGCAUUAGCUCAAUAGAGCUAACACAACCAAACCACACCAAGAUGGACGAAACUAGCGGAGCUAUUGCUACGACUGUGACCAUAGAGGACGAAGCUGAAAACAACCCGUCAAAUGGACAGAAAGCACCUGGAAACGACGCCGGUCCCUCCACUGCUGAGGAUUCAGUUAAUUCUGGGGUUGAGGAUUUCUACACGCAGCAUUGUGGAGAAGUCUUCAGAGAGGAGGCAGCCCAUGUGGAGCAUCACCAUCAGCAUCCACCAGAAAAAGUGGGUUUAGAUGACCAGUUGGAUGACUCGCAUGAUGCACAAAAGGACAGAGAAACAGCAAAUGUUUGUACUUUAUGUUCACUCUCAUUUGCUGAGCUUAGUGAAUUCCACUUGCACAUGGAGAAGAAUCAUGGUCAAACCUCCCCAAAGGAGUCGGGUAUUCAGAAAAACUCUGAGAUAAAGAAGCAGCGAACUUAUGAAUGCCCAGACUGUGGGAAAUCUUACUUUACGCUUGGACACUUUCUCAACCAUCAGCGCUCACACACGCGAGCUGCCAAAUCAGUUUUUAAUGACCUUGAACAUUUAGAAAAGAAACCUUUUCAGUGUGAACUUUGUGGGCGGAAUUACUCUCGUGCCUCAGCUCUUGAUGCACAUCGGCGUUAUCACCAGGAAAAUUUAGUUAAGUCACGAAACAGGAAUUCGGGAGAUACAAUACCUACUGAAGAGUCUAUACCUGAAGCCAAGCCUCGUGAAAGUCAGACAGAUAAUUCUACUGGGAAAUCUUUUGAGUGUAAAUGUGGCAAAGCCUUUUCUGCCCUAAUGGGACUUAAAACACAUCAGCGCUUUAGUCGGAAUAAUCAGUGCUCUCGAGAGGCAGCUAACGAUAAACCAAAGAAAAUCAACAGUAAGUUUUACUGUACUGAGUGUGAUAAGGAUUUUGGUGCCUAUCUGGCCCUCUUUAACCAUCAGCGAUGGCAUUCUAAUCACUCACAAACCUCUGCAAAAAAGUUUGAGUGUGAGGAAUGUGGAAAAUCUUUUGUGUCAUCAACAUUCUACUUCAGGCAUAAGCGUCUUAAGCACAGUCUUGAAACCCCAGCAAAGUCCUUCCUCCAUCAAGUGUGUCAGCUACAGAAGAAGGCAUUUGAAUGUAAGGACUGUGGGCUGAAGUUUUCCAGGGCUUCUGCACUUCACUCCCAUCAGCUGCAUCACACAGAUGUUUAUGGAGACGGUGAGAGAAAAGAGAAGGAAAAUGAUGAGGUUAAAUUGGAAAUAAGGUUGCCGAUUGCUUCAAGUCCUAAUGAAGAAGCUUCACUAGUACAUGAGGCUGAUGAAGAUGUGGAGAGUUAUGAACCUGGGGACUUUAUUGUUCAGGUGAUCAGCGCAAGUGAGUCUGAUGACGAGCCUGUCCAUGACCUGAAGCCUGAUCUUGAGCUGCUGUGUGAAUCAGAUCAGGAAAUGAGGGAAGAUGGUGACACUGAUGCAUCCUCCAGCGUUCUAGUUGUCAAACCAGAGAUGGACUUAAAAAUUGUACAAGUUGACUUUGAGCAGGCCGACGAACAUGAUGCACUGCUAGCCAGUGAAGGCGAUACAGAAACCACUGAGCAAAGGUUUAAUUGUCCAGAAUGCUACCGUUGGUUCAAUCGUAGUGGAUCCCUUGCCAUUCACAGAAUGUGGCAUCGCAUUCGUAGGACAAGACAACAAUGUGAAGCUCAGUCAGCAGCAGUUGGCACAUCUGACACAGGCGGGCAUGACGGCAGUAGCUCCACAGUAGCACCUCACUGCAGUCAUAUACAACAACACAAGACUCACAACCCAAGUGACGAUGUAUUGAACCAGGCUGAGGAUUUAGAGAAGAAAAUCUUGACUUGCGGUGAGUGUGGUCAAAGCUUCUCACAUUUGUCUGCUUUAGUCUCUCAUCAAUUACAUCAUCCCAAAAGAAAACGAUUCCAGUGCCCAGAUUGUAUGAUGUCUUACUUGCAUGCAGCUAGCUUGUUUAACCACAUGAAAAAGUGCUCUGCUCAAAAGAAAGAUAAUGUUUUGAUCUCUAAGAAAGAAUACAAUCCGAAGAAGACCCUUCUAGGCCCAAAGAUUUAUCAUUGUGAACAGUGUGGGAAGGGUUUUUGGUCUUUAGGAGCUUACUCACAUCACAAGCAAAAUCAGAACGAGUGUGCAGAAUUGAGGCAAAGAAAAGGUGGUGGUGGAUCUUUACAUUCUGUUAAUGGACAGCCACGCUCCACCACUAAAGUUGCAUGUCCAGUGUGUGGUAGAAAAUUUCGUCACAAGGGGAUUAUGACAUUGCACAUGCGAAAACAUGAAAAUGGAAACCAUAAAUGUGAACUUUGCCCCAGGUCAUUCCGCCUUUUUUCCAGCCUCCUUAGACACCAAGUUGUUCAUAAUGAUCAGUUACUCCCUCCCCCCAUUAAAUCUUUUCAGCAUCAAGUGGAACAGUUGAAAAAAAACACCUAUAGCUGUCCUGACUGUGGAAAGCUGUUUUCACGGGCCAAAGCACUUCAGUUUCAUAUGAAAAGCCAUGGGUAUGAGACUGGGCACUCCCCAUCAUCACCCGGAGCUUCUGCAACAUUGGAAGAUCUCCAGUGUGCGACAUGCCUCUCACAUUUCAACAACAAGGCCUCAUUGCGUGCUCAUCAAAAACUUUGCAUUAGGAGAGUGAAUCAGGCUGUUGAUAGUAAGCCACAACCCUUAGAAAAUGACACAACAAUAUUUCACAAGGAAAGUGUAGUUACACAGAAAGGCUUUGACCACUUAACCUUGAGUACUGAAGGAAAGGAAGAAAUGAACAGCAGUGAGCUUAAGAUCAAAGAUCAAAGUAAUAAUUCAGAUUUGAAAUACAAAUGCAACAAGUGUGACAAGAGCUUUUCAGUGGUUGGGGCUUUGAAUCUGCACCAAAGAAUUCAUGCUGAGCGCUACAGAUUAGCUAAGGCAAAAUUGGCCAUGACGGUAAUGCUUAAGAAACCUAGUCAGGAAGAGUUGGGUAAAGGGCCAUUUCACUGCUCAGAAUGUGGGAGGCGAUUCAUGUCCAACUCAGCCCUGGGCUCACACAAACGAUGGCACAAAGGAAAGAAAUUUUCACGAUCUGUGGUAAAAGAUGAAGACUUUAAAUCCAAGACAGAGGGUGGAGCUUUUCAGUGCAACAAAUGCAGCAAACAGUUUUUUAACCAUUGUGUUCUCCAGCGCCACCAGAUGUUCAAUCCUCAAUGUCAAAUAAAAACCGAACCAGGUUUAAGCAAACAUACAGAGAGCAGCAGCACAGUUGAAAAUUCAGACCUUUCGUGUCCUAAGUGUAACAAGUCAUUUGUGGAAGGUUUUUGCCUAGCUGUCCAUUGUGAAAAUGAGCAUGGUAUAGUAUUGGAGGCUGCAGAUUAUGAAGGAGAUGGGCUUGUCUUAGGAGACCCCAUCCUAGAACAAGUUAAUGUCGGUCUUAAUGGGAGUGAGUCCACAUCGUUGAGACUGAAGCAAAAAGUUCACCAGUGUUCCCUCUGUUCUAUGACCUUUGCUAAAGAAAGAGGUCUUAAUGCCCACAUAAGGCAGGCCCACUCAGAUAGCACAAAGAGUCAAAAUAUAGUUCUUUUGAGUCCAAAAAGCCAGACCAUUCCUACAAGCAGUGAGGUCAGAAGUACAGAAGCAAUGUCAGCUAUAGAUUACUCUACAAAGAAACAUAGCCCUGUUGGCAAAGAAACAGAGACAAUCAUAUCAUGUCUUGACUGUGGGACACAGUACAGUUCUUCACGCUCACUAUUUGACCAUAAGAAAGUUUGCAUGUCGGUGAAGCAGGAGUUUAAACAGGAAAUCCAGGCAUCUGAAGGAACCACUGAUGUUUCCCCACCACUCAACCGCUUUUCAGAGCAUUCCGUCAAAUGCUUCUAUAAGUGCGAUAUGUGCGGUAAAGCUUUUCAGACAGAGGAACAUUUAAGAACCCAUAAGACCAAGGCAAAGAGCCGACCUUAUUGUUGCGCUCUUUGCUGCCACGGCUUUUGGACAGAGACCCAGCUACAGCAACAUCUUGCCUGGCACGAUGAAGUCCGUGGUCGUCUCCCAAAUGAGGUUCGAUAUAGGCUCAGCGCUGCUAUGACCUCCGUGCCUCCGAAACCUAAAGUCCCAUCUGCUGACAACAGGGAGAAGUUUUUUCCAUCUACUACGCUGAACGAAGCUAUGCUUAAACCAGACAGCCAGAGUAGCCAUAAGUGCCAGCACUGUGGCAAAGCCUUUCUUUCACCAACUGCUUUACAGAAACAUGAAACUCAGCACUGUAACAAUGACUCAUAUCAUUGCUCCAUUUGCCCCAGGACCUUCAGUGAAAUACAGGACCUUAUUGAUCACCACCAGGAAUGUAUUGGUGAUUACAAUGGUCAGUGAUGUCCCAGCUGCUGUCUCAUCAGGAGAUGGCAGUGGCCUUACUUGCCUUGAAUGUGGAACUACCUUUUUUUUUUGUCAAGAAACCAGCAAUCUACUGAGCAAGUUUGCGGACUAUAUAAGAUGAAACAAACCUCAAUGAUGAACUUUAGUGAAGACACUGUAGAUUGUAGACUUCAAUUUUUUUUCUUUUAAGCUAUAAACUCCCUCGCUAGACUUCAUUCUUAAGUAGUUGUGUGCUUCCUUUGUUUGUUGCUAUAUUAUUUGAGACUUUCCUUCAAAUAUUUUGACCUGUUCUCAGGCUUUGCUUUACACUGGACUAGUAUAUGUACAGUAUAUUCUACAAAUGUUAGAAAAAAAUAACCUUUUAUGGACUUUAGUUGAGAUGUCACCAAUGUUGGUGUAUUUUGGGCCUCCUGACUGAAGUGAUUAAAUUCAUAACUGGAUUAAAAGAGAUUAAAUAUUCCUGCAUGCGCAUGUUUGUCCAAUUGCAUUUUAAACUCAGAAAAAUGAAAAGUGCUGUUGACACACUUCUGUCUUCAAAGCUGAUGCAACGUUCACUAAUUCUACUACUGUCAUUUUUAAUAGUGUAGCUUUUUGCUAAUUUCACUGAAAAAACAUGAAAUCGAUAAAUGUGCAACAUUUAUGUGAGUCAGUAAAAGAUGUUGAACUUUACUGCUACUAACUACUAUACAGCAAAAUUGUGCAUUGUGUACAAUACAGCUAGCAUUAAUUAUGAUUUCUCAUGCUUCUUGCUUGUCAGUGUUGCAUUUAUAUGUUGUGGAAAGAUAAGUCUACUUUUAACUGACAAAAAAUAUUGUUUUUGUUCAUGUAGGGUAAAUCUACUGUACCAUUUGAUGUAGAUGACAAAUGACUUGUAUUCAAGAGAUUACUUUUGCUUUAUUAGCCAAGGACAACCUAGAUGACAGUUAACGCUUUGAAUCCUUGUUUAACCAUCCAACUGAAAUGAACAAGAAGUUCUCUAAAAAGUAAAAAAAAUAAUAAAUUGAACAUUUUUUUGAAUCAUUGGACUGUGUGAUUAAUCCAGCCUCAGUCAUUUUGCAUGUGUAGUCUGUUUAAUAAUUUAAUUCAUCUUUUGACACCCUAGACUCUGAAGGGGAAUUUGUUUGUGUCUAUUGGUGACUGUUGUGUUUUCUGUUUGUGAUGAUAUACCUAAUGAGUAUUACACAUAGAAAUGAACAAUCUAAUCGGUAAACACAAUUGUUUUUCCCUCCAAAUUGACAAAACUUAAAUCUAAGACCAUUGUUUUUCAAAAAUAUCAUUACUACCAAGAAGUACUGCAGGCUUUUGACAUAUUUGCUCAUUGUUAAUUAGUGAAGCAGUUGAUCAGUUGAAAUCCAUGCUUAAAAACAUUAAAGGUUAUUAUUUGGAAUUUAAAACUGUAUUGCAAAAUUAACUUUACCGUUUACUAAUCUAAUGCAAUGAAUCGGUGAGCUGGCGGGAAACUGAUCAACUGUUUUCAUAACAAGGUAAAUGGCAAAUGUUUUUCUGUGCCAGUUUGUCAAGGAAGUUGCUCUCAUUUUUCAUGAUGGUGAAGUAAAACCAGACAUUCCCUGAUGUUACCUCAAUGUUGGCCUGAAAAAAAUAAAAGAUUGAUGAAGA